GAAAGCAUUGUAAUGGAGAUUAUUACAGAUGAAUGGGGACGCAAAAGCUGCAUCUCCUCUCCCGAAGAAUCAUCUAUUGGUCCUUUCUUCUCGAACCCAUCAGCUUCGGAGCUACUCUUCUCUUCUCCCUCACUCUCUCCCCCGAUUCUCUCUACCGUCCCUCACCUUACUCCCGCGCGUUUUCUCUCCGUCUCCGGCGUCCCUCCGUCGGGCUCUUCCGCUAUCGCCGCCGCCUCUCUCAGUGUUCCCAAUCCUCCCGAUGAUACCGCUAAGGUUCUCUCCUACAAUCGCCUCCAGUUUCUACCUUUCCCCAGUAAAAAUUCAGUCUUGGUGUUUUUCCCCACAGGGACUAACCUUGAUCGGAUUGGGUUCUUGCUGCUUUCCACCGGAGAUUCCGGUGGUUUACAAGUCCUGGGUUCGGACGAAGGUGACGUCUUUGUGGCGACAGAGCGAUUGUUUUCUCGAAUUUUGAAGAUUUUGGUGCAACCUGUUAGUACUUUUGCAGCGGAUGACUCUUCUUCUUCUGUGGAAUUGGGAUACGUUUUGGUUUAUUCCUUGUAUUCGAUUCAUUGGUUCUGUGUCAACUAUGAUGAAUCUCAAGGCAAGCCGGUUUUGAGAAACCUUGGGUGUAAGCAGUUUAAGAUGUGUAUGGUUGUAAGCGCUGCUUGGAGCCCUCAUAUUACUGGAGAGUCGUUAGUCUUGUUAGAGAACGGAGAGGUCUUUUUGUUUGAUGUGAAUCAGAGACUUUCUAGACUUAGAGGUUCCAAACUGAAAGUUUCUUGGGAGGGUCAAGGGAAAUCAGUCAAUAGGAGGAGUUGGUUAGGAUGUGAUUUUGGUUGGACUUUUGGGAUUUAUGUUGUUGCUCGCUCUGAUGCAGUCUUUGCUAUUGCCAGAAGCUCUGAGAAUUGCACUGUGAGAUGUUUAUGGGAAGUUGAGAGUCUGAAUAUGGCUGCAACAGAAGAGGUUGUUGGCUUUGCAAAGGCGGGUAGUGACUGUUUUAGGUUUAUUCUCGCUUCCCAGAGCUAUGUAUUUCUCUGUGAUUCGAGAUCAGGAGUGCCUUUGUUGAAAUGGCAGCAUGAUGUUGAGCAGCCUUGCUUUAUUGAUGUUUAUAGAUUGUCUGAACUUGGAAUUAGGACUGUUGAAUCAACUACUUCUUGCGUUAUAAUUGGCUCGUUUUGGAAUGCGCAAUCUCAAAUGUUCUGUUAUGGACCUUCUCCAUCUGUUGUGAAGGAUCCUUGUUCCUUGUAUGUAUGGGAGCUUCCACACAAUCUUCUCUUACCUGUCGGAAAGUGUCUAUGCGGAGAUUGUGUAUUUAGGGAAGUGAUGAUGAAGGAGUCUUUUCUCGAGUGGAUCGACUGGCAGAAAAAGAGUGUUCAUGUUCUCGGUUUUGGCGUUUUAAACAAGUACCUUCCACUUGGGUCGUCAGAUCAAUCUUCUGGGUUUACUUUGGUUCGGUUAACAUCCUCGGGGAAGCUAGAAGCAGUCACAUUCUGUGCUUCUCCUUUCAAAAGUUUAGAACUAGUCGCUCACAAAGAUUCGGCCUGCAAACCUGACGAGGUGAACUUACUGUACCUCCCUGAUGAAGAUGAAUACAAAUUCCCGAGACGAUUUAAAUAUCUCGAACUCAAGUAUCUCUCUGCUCACACAAAAGGGAUGCUAGCCGGGUUUAUAGAUUCAAAGCUGAGGACAAAAUCAUCAGGUUUGCAGCAGAAUAAAUCUUUUAGCUUAAUCUGCCAUGAGGAAUUAUGUAAGAAGUUGAAGAUUUGCGGAUUUGGUAGAGACAGAUCUUCCUCUAGCAUAACCGCAGUCUUUGAGAAUAUCAGUUCACCGACAAGCAUUUUCGAGAUUGCAUUGAGAGAAACCUGGUCAAGCUUACCUAUAGAGAUUUUGUUGCUUGCAUUCUCCAACUACUCUGAGUUUGAAGAUGUUCUGGUAGACAAGAAGAAACCAUCUCUCGAGUUCUUAGCUGUUCCAGAAUUCCCACAGCUACCGCCUUUCUUGUUUAGGAAACCUUCAAGCCGGAGUAGUAAAUGGUCAAAGAAAGAGCAACCCGGUGUUGAGCUCGUUGGUCCUGUUCUUCCACUUCCAGUUCUCAUGACACUACAUGAGUUUCGCAACGGAUGUCCCAAUUCAGAACAAGAGUUCUCGCCCGAAGCAGAGUUCUCUAAUCGAUGCAAUCAAAUAUCCAAAGUAACCUGCGAGCUCGCAAUCUCAGGUCAAGAUGAGACAACCAUUUCACUUGGUGAUGACCGAGGCGAUGAAAUGUGGCUUAACAGUGAUUCACAGAAGGAGAAGAAGACUUUCAUUUCAUAUUGCCCGAUUACAAAGACAACUGAUUCAGACAGACAACAGCAAGAACUCACUACAUUUGUCUCCAGAGUGCGUCGUUGUAAAGAAGGUGAUAAUGAUGCUGGAGGAACAACAGGUCUUGAACUGUUCAAUGAGUUGUCUCCAGUCGAUAUUUACUUCGAAAAUCGGAAAGUGAAUUUCGAUACGAAAGCUUUGCUUACGUCCAAGACACUUCUCUCUCAAUGGCAGCAUCGAUCAUCUUCAUAUCAAGAGUUUCUUUCUCAGUACCAUCUAAAAAAAUGAGAGAUAUCUCCACGGCUUCUUUUGUUUAUUUAUUUAUUUUUGUAUCUUCACCCACCAAUUUUGUAAUUUCCAGUUUUCGGCUCUGUUCAUUUUUGAGGAUUAUAGUACAUGUAGAUUUCUCGUGUAUAAAUAGAAAUUCUUCAAAUUACGUAAUUACCAUUUGAAA